GCACGUGGCUUUGUUAUUGCAGGAAGUGAAGAUGGCGGAUCAGCCGCUGCUCUCCGAGUCUGCGCUCGGGUGGUCUAUUUUCACCUGUAUACUGCUGGUCAUCCUGGCUUUCUGUUGGGUCUACAUUCGGAAAUUUCAAAGUCGGCAGGAGAGUGAGGUUGUUUCAACUAUCACAGCAAUAUGUGCACUGGCCAUUGCUUUGAUAACUUCAGCACUUCUGCCGGUGGAUAUAUUCCUCGUCUCCUUCAUGAAGUAUCCCAACGGUACCUAUAAGGAAUGGGCAGCAAACAAUGAGACAAGAGGACAGAUUGAAGACACUGUGCUGUAUGGAUAUUACACACUUUACUCCAUCAUCCUGUUCUGUGUGUUCCUGUGGAUCCCCUUUGUUUAUUUCUACUAUGAGGAGAGGGAUGACGACAAUGUGAACAGAUGCUCGCAAGUGAAGAACGCUCUGAAGUACACAGUAGGAUUCGCCAUUGUCUGCGUAGCGCUCCUUUUAAUUGGAGCCUUCGUUCCACUCGAGCCUCCACCUGGUCAGAAUUCCACCCAGUGGGAGAAAGUACAAUACCUUUUUGAAGAGCUUGGAAGUAGUCAUGGUCUGCCGGCUCUGUCGUUCUCCAUCAGCUCCUUGACCUUGAUCGGCAUGUUGGCAGUGAUCACUUACACGGCAUACGGUAUGUCUGUGCUGCCUCUGAAUCUGAUAAAAGGCACACGGAGCGUGGUGUAUGAACGCCUGGAGAACACAGAGGACAUCGAUGAAGUCGAGCACCAGAUAGAAAAGCUCAAAUCCAAGUGUAAAGAUGGACGUCCCCUCUCCUCGAGGGACAGAAACAACUUGCAGGAGCUGGAGGGCAAACUGCAGGUGCUCCAGCGCAGGGGGAGACAUCUGGAAGUUGCAGAGAGGAACUGCUGCACUAAAGUGGGCAGUGCUCUCAGGCCUUUCAAGGUGAGUCUGCGUUAUCUAAUUGACUCCCAUAAAAGUAAAUUUAUGUCCGAAAAUGGACUGUAUAGUAUGCGAAGGCAAAUCCUUUCAAUGUCAGUAUAUUGCAUGCACUCCUCCAGAUUUAGCGUUUGUGUUCGGUUCUUGCUUUUGGAUAAAGCUCUCCACUCUGCGGGCAUCAGCUCUGGGUUCAUCAUCUUUGGCACCAACCUAACCAAUCCUCUCAAUGAGCUUCUGUUAGCCUUACAGCCUGUCUUCCCAUUGGAUUACAUCCUGAUCACAGUCAUCACCAUGUACUUUGUGGUCACUUCCAUGGCUGGCAUUCGCAACAUGGGCAUCUGGUUCUUCUGGAUAAGGCUGUACAAAAUCCGACCAAAGAAAACUCGCCCCCAGGCUCUGCUGUUCCUCUGUAUGAUUCUUCUCUUGAUUGUCCUUCACACCAGCUACAUGAUCUACAGCCUAGCCCCACAAUACGUCAUGUAUGGCAGCCAGAAGUAUCUUGUACAGAUGCCCUCAGCCAGUUCUACAUCUGGGAAUGCUACUCUUGGCACCACAAAGACCUGUGAUGCUGAUGCGCCUGAGGACCAGUGCACUGUGACCAGAUCCUAUCUCUUCCUCCACAAGUUCUGGUUCUUCAGCACCAUCUAUUACUUUGGUAACUGGGCCUUUAUCGGGGCAUUCCUCAUUGGUCUGGCGGUGUCCUGCUGCAGAGGGAAGAAGUCUGUGAUUGAAGGAGAGGUGGAGGCCGAUGACUCAGACUUAAGUGAUGAUGAAUAUGUGCACUGAAAAGCAGUAUUCGAUCGGACGGGUUUGUAGAUUUCCCCCCCCCCCCCCGUAAUUUAAAGGGACUAGAAAGUACAAUUUGAUAAACUAAUAAAUGGAUGUCAGUGAUCUGUCAUAGUUUAAUUUAUUGGUUUUAAGGAGUUAUUGCAGUGGUGUCUUGUGCAUUCCAGCCUUGUUUUGAGUCGACACAUCCUACCCCUUAAUGAGACCGCCGAGACCGAUCGUUUGUGUCGUUCUCAGUCAAUAUUAUUGAUGACUUUGGGAUUCUGCGAGUGUCCUCCAACUCAAUCCUACCUUGAGAAUUCACUCAACAGUUUGAAACCGACAUGAAUUGGUCAUUUUCUGCUGGAGAAGACACACUGCAGCAGCAGAGACGGCUCCAAAACUUUAUGUCUUAAGAUUUAGUUGGAGCUUGGACAUAAACUUUUUACAUUGUUAAAGCGUAUUCUAGACCCUUUUAAUGGUUACUGAAUGACAAUAUCUAAAGCUGGCUCUAAUAUACCUUUUAAGAUCAAACACUAUGAAGACAUUUGAGCCUCCACCAACUGUUCUGCUUGCUUGUUUUCUGAAGAGCUAAUUCGUAUAAAAUAAUGAGUCUGUGUUGACAGCAGUAUUUUCAAAGUUUAUUUUGCUUGUUUUGUCUCAGGUUAAAUACUGUGCUAGAGUGUUUGCUGCUUUUUCCCCUACAUUUAGUCAAGGCCAUUAUUUAAGUCACCGUUACUGUACUUGCAUACCUGCACUGUGUGAAAUGUAAAGGGCCAAUUACGGCUGUCGUGUUUCCAGUGUUUCAGUUAUUCUUCGUUUUUAAUUAAACGGGUUCAACAACAUUUUGCUGUCUGUGUUAGAAGAACAUGGAAUUUAUCAAAUACGCAUGUCGUUUUAUUUAAAUUAAGGAGUAUUUCUCCUUUUUUGCUUUAUAGUUUAUUUUAUUUUCAGUGAAUUUAGUUGUGUCAAAAUUAACAAAAAACAAAUUGACAGAAAAUAUGUGUGCCUCAUGAAUGUGUAGCACCACGAUGGGCACACACUAUUCUAUGUGAUACCCCGUAAAAAUUAGCCUCGCAGAAAGCUUUCUGAAUCUCACAAGGUUUGUUUUUUGCUUUGAGAUGAAAGUCCGGCGGCAGCAGGAAAUGUGGUUACAUGGUGACGACAGGCGCUGCAUCCGAUGGGCUUUUGUUCACCUGUGAUGGGUUGAAAAGAAUGCCGUUGUGGAAGUCGUGUCAAUAUUGAAUGGUACCUGUAUUUAAAGAAAUAAAACCAUUUUAAACACA